AUGUCCUCCAUUCGCAAACGCGCCUCGCGAGAGGCAGAAACAGACACGUCGGAACAGACUUCACAAUCCUCAGCGCCAAAAGGGAAGACGUCCAAGGCGUCGCCAACGCGGUUUGCUGGAAGCCGGGACGCCCUAGCGGCUAAUGUUCAAGAUAUCGGCGCAUUCGUAAUACUAUUCAUAUUGGACAUUGUAAAGACAGUUCUACAGCUCAUGAAGCAGCCUAUUGCGUUCGUAUUAGUCGGAUAUAUAAUCAUUGUAGUGAUAUCCUACACCGCAUCUUAUAUUGCAUCGCUUGUCGUCACUGGCCUCGCGCCGCUGUGUGCGCUUCCGCUCGCGACCAUGGUCCCUGCUUGCCGGCAUCUUUCACAGUCGACUACGACGCAGACAAGAGCACCAGAACCUCGAUAUCCGGAUCUCGUCGCACUACAAACCCGCUUCGAAACCGUCAUGGAGUCCGCUGGCUUGGGCACCAAUCUGGCGAUGGAUAUGAAGAACUCGGAGAUGGCAGUCCGAGAUUUGAACACCUUGGUCAAACUCUCAGACUUGGUUUCGAAGGAUCUCCUCGCUUCGUCGCUCGACAAGUUUAUUGUAUCAGCGAAAGAUGCGAGCCGACAUUUGACCAGACUAGAUUCUGGUGUAGGCGGUGCUGUUGACUCGAUUCUCGCAAUGGACGACUUUGCUAUCAAGACGCUCGAGAGGAUAGAUCAACAUGAAAAGUCCAGGACGAUUCUAAACUCAGUUCUCUUUCCCUUUAGUUCUGGCGUGUCGACGCGGAAGCAGCUCAUGGACACGUUCAAUCAGGCGGCAGGAUUGAUGGAGUCAAAUCUUCGGCGCCUGAUUGAGAUAUCCGUUGCGACGUCAACCAUAUUGAAUCAAUUGGAGUCACAACUCGUCGUGAUUCACGAAAUUGUGUCUCGAGAGGAAGGAAAUACCAAGAUGCGAAGAGAGGAAGUGCUGGCAGAUCUAUGGACAUACGUGGGAGCCAACCGUGCCAAACUUGCCAACUUUGCAUCGCAUCGGUCGUUACUCUCCCAGGUGGCGACCUAUCGAUCCGCUGCUGCCGUCCAGGUAGGCGGUACGCUUGUCCAGUUGGAGAAACUCGCAUCGGAUUUGGAUGAACUACGAGAGCGUGUGAGCACGCCGUUACUUGCGGAUGAAGCGAGCGUUCCAAUAGAGGUGCAUAUCACGACGCUCCGCAAGGGCGUGCAGCGUCUGAGUGAGGGACGUGGGCGGGCAAGGAAUCGGGAAGAACAGGUUCUCAAACGGAUUCUAGAUGGCCCACAAUACCCAGAGUUGAGCUCGUAA